AAAUAGUCUGAUAAAAAAAUUGGAAUUGACAAGGUCGUUCUGCAAUACAUGUGUGCAAUAAACUAACGAAGUACCUAUUAAAUAAAAAAAUAAAUAGUCCGAUAAUUUCUAAGCGCUAUGAUAAGCUGGAAAGAUCUGAUAAAUAAAAAGUUUAACCACAUACUCAUUCAGUUCUGAAAAUUGAUCCAGUAUCAAUUCUGACAGAAUAGAUUAUUUGUUUACGUUGAAGAGAUAGUGCACUACAAUUGACUUUUUUGAUAGUGCUUUAAAAUUAAAUUCCAUAAAAUGAGCAAAUACAACAGAUCUGAUUUUAAUGAAGAAGAGGAGGCUGAACAUAUUGAAAUGAAUUCAGCCCAGGAUCAAGCUUCAUCCACAGACACAGGAAAAAAUAUAAAUUUUGAAAACCUGACUAUACAACAAAGAAUUUUUGCUCGUCAUACCCGUCACUUGCCGUCCAGAAGAAUUGUAACAUUAUCGGAUAAAAUCAGCGAAGAAUCUUCUGAUAUUUCGCCAAUGCUUCCCAAUGCAACUUUAAGAAUGCCGAGAACGUCAAAUUUGCCUUUGGAAGAUCAUGCAGCCGUGAUAGCAAAUCACAUCGAAAAAAAUGACGUGCUUAUGCAAAAUAGCGAGCAUUAUGAGUUGCUUAGAACAAAAAUUUUACGAGACAUGCCACAAUGUUUGACUGUGAAGAGGUCUGUAAAAGCUAAAUUGUCUCACAGUGCUAGUCAAAAGUCAAAGAUACGGACAGUCGGAUAUUGGAAACGUCUCAAAUAUAGAACCAGUAUGGGUCUAAAGAAGUUCAACACCACGCUGCACGAAGUAUCUUCGACAAUGGAGCUUUGGUACCACGCAAUAAAGUCGAUAGAAGGUCACUUUGGAAGUGGAAUCGCGACAUAUUUUAAGUUCCUGCGAUGGCUGUUUAUAGUUAAUACAAUUAGUUGUCUACUAAGCAUAUUUUUUAUAAUUAUACCACAGUCAUUAAUUAGCACAAGUUUAGAAAAUUCGUUUCGAUUCGAGGAUCUGUUACUUGGAAAUGGAUUUCUGACGAAUUCUACGAUGUAUUACGGAUUUUAUUCGAACAAAAGUGUGGAAAUGAUUCCCUCCAAUGUCUAUGAUAUUCCGUCCGCCUAUUUUAUGACUUUAAGUUUCUGUUAUUUAUUCACUUUUGUCCUCCUUUGUUGCAAGGUGGCUCGUUCCUACAGAAAGUGUUUCAUCGAAACAUCAGGAGGCGUUUACAAUCAAUACGCCACGAAAAUUUUUUGUGGAUGGGAUUUUGGAAUUUCAUCCUGCAAGGCUGCAAAAUUGUGUUCUGCAUCUAUCUACCGAGAACUGAAAGAACUUCUUGGGGAAGGAGAGAGCGACCUUGAUUCAUCUUGUCUCAUGAAAUUUUUUACGUUUGCUAUUCAGAUUCUCAUGACGAUUUUCGUUCUCGCAAUGAUGGUUGCAACCGGAGGGUUAUUAUGGCUUUUACUAAAUCAGCAUCAAGCAGACGUCACGAAUGUUUGGUCUGUUUUAAUGGUACCAUUAAUCGUCACCGGAAUCAUGAAUGUUUUUCCGUCCCUUAUUUCUUGGCUCGUGAGAUUUGAAAAGUAUAGCAAUGGUCGGACAGCUUUGCACGUGACAGUAAUUAGAAUGUAUACAAUGGCACUCGUCGUGAUUGGCACCCUUUUGGGUUUUUGGCUAACUCGAGGAAAUCUCGAUUGUUGGCAAACACAACUGGCCCAAGAUAUUUAUAGACUGAUCCUUCUCGAUUUUAUUAUAUCAAUAGUAGGGACAUUUUUAGUUCAAAUUACACGUUCUCAACUCCAGGCUAGACUGUGGAAAAGAAUUGGUUCUGCAAAGUUCGACAUAGCGCGGAACACGAUGCACUUAAUUUAUAAUCAAACGCUCUUCUGGGUGGCGUUUUACUUCAGUCCGAUGAUGUCGAUUGUCAUUGUUGUUAAGAUGAUGCUGACCUUUUAUAUAAAGAAAUUUGGACUUCUCACGUUUUGUGAACCGCCUUCGAAACCUUGGAGAGCUGCUCAAACUCAAACUCUAUUUUUGGCACUAGCUCUUCUCGGAAUGGUUGGAGCUUUAAUUGUUUUGGGAUUUGUUAUAGUGUAUAAAGAAACCGGAGAUUGUGGGCCUUUUACAGCGCAUAAUUUUACUUGGGAGGUUAUUGCUGAAGAGGUUUUAUUGGUGAAGAGAAACAGUGUGGUUUGGACGAUUUGUGAUCAGCUGUUCAAUCCUGCAUCGACGAUUUUUCUUCUAUUAAUUAUGAGUAUGUCAGUUUAUUACCUUCGAGCGAAAGCUAUAGCUAGUAAAGAAAUGGUACAAGUUUUACGAGAAAUGUUGAUCCUACAAUCACGAGAUAAGGAAUUUUUGCUCAAAGGAUUCACCCAAUUGAGCAACAAAGGUAACUCGUUUCGAAAAAAUUUCAAUCCACAGAAUGAAGAAUUUCCUAUCGAAAGCAGCUACCUUUGCUCAAAAGAUGUCCCUGGUCCAUCGACCGUCUUAUAUUAAUGAUUAAAAAAGAUAAUUUUAUUCAAGGAAAGUAUUACGACUUUGAGACUAUUUUUUACGACCUGUUUUUUAAAUAAAUAAAAGCAAUCACAAGGACUGAA